UCAGUUCAAGACAUCUAAAAAUGUUUUUUUUUUUUUUAUCGACAAUAUCCCAGUCGCCUACGCCUAUCGUGCUCUCAAGGUAAAUGACAAAGAGCGCAAUUGGCAGGAAUCAAUCCCGGAACACUGGGGUUACCAGCAUUUCUAAUGACCGCCCUUGCCUCUCGGCUGUAUGCCCGGGGGCAAGGUUGAGCUCCUCUUGUUAGGUUUUAACAGUGAGCAAGAGUAAUGACUUUCUUUAUUCUUCAAAGCAAUUCCCAUGCCCACUUUUUAACUCUCAUUCACAGUGCCUAGCCAAACACAAGGGAGGAAAAUAAUCUUUUGUAUGGUACAUUUAUUUCCUCUGAAAAUCCAUUUGCUGCAUUCACCUUCAAGCAAGACCAUGAUGUCAAUGGCAAUGACUUCUGUUUCUCCGACCCGUAUCUCUCCCCUCAUCCACCUUCCCUUCCCAGAAAACGACUCACCAGUGUCUCUCUUUGAAACCUGCAAUUCCAUGGACCAACUGAAGCAAGUUCAUUCCCACGCAAUCCGUUCGGGCUACGCAUCGAACCCGGUUGUCCAGGGUCGAAUUAUUAGCUUUUGUUGUACUUAUGAGUUGGGCGAUAUCAGCUACGCGCGCCACUUGUUCGACACAAUUCCUGAACCAAAUUUGUUUAUGUGGAACACAAUGAUGAAAGGGUAUUCGCGAAUAGAUUGCCCUCGACAUGCGGUUCUUUUGUAUUUAGAUAUGUUGCAGAGAAGUGUUCGGCCCGAUAAUUACACAUUCCCGUUCUUGCUUAAGGGUUUUACCAGCGAUAUCGCAUUAAAUUGUGGGAAAGAGUUGCAUGGACAUAUAGUUAAGUUUGGGUUUGAUUCUAAUGUGUUUGUUCAAAAUGCUUUGAUUCAUAUGUAUUCCUUGUGUGGGGAAACUGAAAAUGCUCGUGAGGUUUUUGAGAUGAGUUCAGAGAAGGAUGUGGUUUCUUGGAAUUCAAUGAUUUCUGGGUAUAAUAGAAGCAAGCAGUUUGAUGAAUCGAGGAAGCUGUUUGAUGAGAUGGAGAAGGAAAGAGUUCUACCAACUUCUGUUACCCUCGUUUCAAUAUUGUCGGCAUGUUCCAAAUUGAAAGAUGCAGAAACUGGCAAGCGGAUUCAUCAGUAUGUUAAAGACAACAAAAUUGAACCCAAUUUGAUACUGGGAAAUGCUUUGAUUGAUAUGUAUGCUGCUUGUGGAAAAAUGGAUGCCGCACUAGGAAUAUUUGAGAAUAUGAAGGAGAAGGAUGUGAUUUCCUGGACAGGCAUUGUCACAGGGUUUGCUGGUUUAGGGGAAAUUGAUCUAGCUCGAAAGUUUUUUGAUCAAAUGCCAGAAAGAGACUUCAUCUCAUGGACUGCCAUGAUUGAUGGAUGUCUAAAGAUGAACCGAUUCAGAGAGGCUUUGGCACUUUUUCGCGACAUGCAACUUGCAAAUAUAAAACCUGAUGAAUUCACAAUGGUUAGCAUUCUUACAGCUUGUGCACAUUUAGGGGCACUUGAAUUAGGAGAAUGGAUAAAAACUUACAUUGGCAAGAACAAAAUCAAGAAUGACCUCUUUGUGGGGAAUGCAUUGAUAGAUAUGUAUUUCAAAUGUGGAAAUGUAGAAAAAGCACAAAGGGUAUUCAAGGAGAUGGCUCAGAAGGACAAAUUUACAUGGACCGCCAUGAUUGUUGGCCUUGCCAUUAAUGGACAUGGGGAAGAAUCUCUUGACAUGUUCUCUCAGAUGCUGGAAGCUUCAAUAUCACCGGAUGAGAUAACUUAUACUGGUGUUCUCUGUGCUUGCACUCACAGUGGCAUGGUUGAUAAAGGAAGAAAGUUAUUUUCUAGCAUGACCACCCAACAUGGGAUUACACAGAAUGUGGCACAUUAUGGGUGUAUGGUUGAUCUACUUGGGCGAGCUGGGCAUCUACAAGAGGCUUAUAAUGUUAUACAAAAUAUGCCCAUGAAACCAAAUUCAAUUGUUUGGGGUGCUCUUCUUGGUGCUUGUAGAGUUCAUAAAGAUGCACAAAUGGCUGAAAUGGCUGCUAAAAAGAUUCUUGAGCUAGAGCCUAAAAAUGGGGCUGUUUACGUUAUGUUAUGUAAUGUAUAUGCAGCUUGCAACAGAUGGGAAGAUUUGCGUGAAGUACGAAAAAUGAUGAUGGAUAGGGGAAUCAAGAAAACCCCAGGUUGCAGUUUGAUAGAGAUGAAUGGAUUUGUUCAUGAAUUUGUAGCUGGGGACCAGUCACAUCCUCAAUCUAAAGAAAUAUACUUCAAGUUGGAAGAGAUCACAAAUGACUUGAAGUUUUCCGGUUAUAUGCCAGAUACUUCAGAGGUGUUCCUAGACAUAGGCGAGGAGGAAAAGGAGAAUGCAUUGUAUCAGCAUAGCGAGAAGUUGGCUAUUGCCUUUGGGCUGAUCAAUUCAGGACCUGGAGUUACUAUUAGAAUUGUGAAAAACCUUAGGAUGUGCGUAGAUUGUCACCAUGUUGCAAAGCUGGUAUCAAGAGUAUAUGAUAGAGAGGUGGUUGUUAGGGAUCGAACUCGAUUUCACCAUUUCAGGAAUGGCUCAUGCUCUUGUAAAGAUUAUUGGUGAGAGACUGGUGUAGGCCCGCCAGACCAUAAAUGGGUAAUUCAUUUUCCUUCUUCUGCCCUCUAUAAAGCAUAAAAAUAUUGGACUGGAGGGAUGCAUCAAAAGGGCUUGCAUUGCUUUAGGCCUUUCAUUCUUUUGUCUUUGGUGCAAUCAAGUCCCCGUUGGGUACCAGACACCAUACGCUGACAUAUUUGCCAGAUUGAUUGAGAAACCUCAUCUGAAACUAUGGCAUUCAGUUGUGUAAAGUGCUUCAGUGCUUGUCAAGCAAGGAAACAUUUGGAGUUUGACUGUGAAUCUGAGUUGCACUAUUUUUUUCUUGAUAGUUUCUGGAUGUAAUGCAAGUAUUGGGAAAGGAAAAGAAGCCAUCAUUGCAGCAGAUGCUAUGUCCCAGUUUAGGAUCCGUGAAAUUUUUGGCACCGAUGACGGACACCAUCUUUGUGGUGGAGAGAUGCUCACAGACUAUAAAUUCUCAUCAAUAAAUGCUAACAAAAGUGCAAUGGAUUGGAUUGGAUGCUCAAUUUUCAUGUAGUGUUCUAGCUGCUGGCCAAAUGAAUGAACCAAAUAUAUGAUGCCCGUGCACUUCAAACAGAAACAGUGAAACUUAUGGAAACACAUUUUCAGACAUGGUUGUUCCAACUUAAACAGGACAUGAAUAUGUACAUUGCUGUCUGCUGAUGAGUUUCGAGUCUGUACAGUAGUACUACUUGUAUCUUGGGCGCUUGGAGCCUUUUCCAAACACACUGACUGAGCUUCA